AUGGAUUCCACGCUCGAUACAGGCAUUCCGCCUUUAGACCACUUGACAACACAGCUCUUCGGGUGCUCUUUCCUCGAUGAAAAUGAGCUCGAGAAAAGAGAGAAGGCCGUUGAAGUCGUGAGACAGAAACAUAGCAGAAAAAGGGCUCGUGCCAAUAUGUACAAUAACGACCCCGCCACUCCCGAUGACACGUCCGAGGAUGACUCCACGGCGCCGAACACACCAGAUACAAGGAGAGGGUCCAGUGACCCUGGGCAGAAAGCCGAGGAUGAAUGUAGCACAACUGUGCCCGUUACUGCUGUAGCUGCGCUGAUGCAGGAGAUUGCAAAGAACAAAUGGACUGCUGUCAUUUUGGUGGAAUUCGACGGCAGCGAGAAGGCGAUGUUGAGGGUGGGUGUUCCGUCUCAAGACAGGCAUAUCCGGAGAGAACUCUUAGGGCUUGAGAGCGCUGGUCAGGAUACCAAGCGGGGAUUCCAACUGUGA